AUGAGAAUUCCUUGUCAAAGAUUAACAAGAAGUGCUGAUAAGAAAUUAUUAGUAAUAGCAUCUAAUGCUCAUCUUCAAGUAGCAGAUUUAGGAAAUGGUCAAAUCAUAUCUACGCAUGUAUCUGAUCCAAAGUCACCAAAUCAUACCAAUGGAUCUCACUCUGGCUUAAUCCGUUUAAUGGCCAUCCAUCAACAAAAAAUUGAAUCAACUGGUCAAACUCGUUCACUCUUGAUUAGUACUGGUGAAGAUAAACUUUUGAAUACUUGGGAAUUACCUGAAUUGCGGCUUUUACAAUCUAGAGCACUAUCCAAACGCGCAACUGCUCUCUUGAUCUCUCCUAAUGGUAAACAUAUCGUGAUUGGUGACAAGUCUGGAGAUAUCUACAAUCUUCCGAUCGAAGGAUCUGAAAAUCUAGUCUUUGCAUCGGAUCCUGACGAAGAACUCAAAGAGAGUACACCAGAAAAAACAACAAAGGAUCAGCCCACGAAACCUACAAUCGCAUUGGCACCUAUCGGUGGUCACGUUUCGAUCCUUACAUCUCUCACUUUCAUCCCCAUUCAACCUACCCCACUUCUCGUCUCUGCGGAUCGCGACGAACAUGUCAGACUUUCGCGCUAUCCUAAUGCCUGGUCUAUCGAAAGUUUUCUUCUAGGCCAUCAACGUUUUGUAGGCGCACUUCUCUGGGUACCUGAUAAUAGUGGACAAACUGGAGUUCUUAUCAGUGGUGGAGGGGAUGAUGAAAUCUAUGUUUGGGAUGUUAAAGAAGCUAAAUUGAAGCAAAAGAUUUUCGUCAAAGGACUUUCAGCUGGGUUAAAAGUUCAGCCUGAAAAAGAAGCAUGGUUCAUCAAAUCGAGAAAAAAUCAAAAACGUCAACAGAAUAAGGUUGAGAAUGGUGAGGCGAAAGUGCCCGUGAAGAUUGGCGCUCCAUGUGAUCCACCAACUGCAGAUAAGUCGACAAAACCUACCGAAAACCAGAAAGCCGAUGAACCAUCGGAAGCUUGCACAGAAAAAAAACCUAUAUCACCAGAAAUGUGUAUUAACAACAUGAUCUGCACUAGUGGGGCCAAGGCAGAUGAUGAGCGAUAUGUUAUUGUAUCUUCAGUUGGUUCAUCAGUAGUAGCCGUAUUAUCGGUUUCAUCUAUUUUGUCUCCUACUGGUGAUAAUUCGGUUGAAGUCCGCUACCAUGACUUCAAUCUACCAGUUCUUGACAUGGUGGAUACGUCCAACCAUGAAUUAUUGGUAUCAGUCGAUCAAUCACACAAAACUGAACAAAAUCUCGAACCAAAAGGUUCUCUAAGAGGUUUAGUCAUUAACCAGGAUCGGAUUUCCGAAUCACAAACCAUCAUAUCCGGUUUAGACAACUUGAAUACAAAUUGCUCAAUUGAAGAGUCUAGCACAAACCCUAUACCAACAUCAACUAUAUUAUACCCAGAGUUAUUACUCUUUCACAAAGGACCACAACCAUUUGAUCGAGAGGAUGGUCAAAAUGAUGAUACAAAUAAACCACCACCUAUGAAGAAAAAUAAACAAACACCUAAUCAGAAUGGUAAAGGGAAAAAGAAGGAAGGUAGAAUGUUGAGUAAUCAAAGAGUUGGUGAUUUAUUACAGUCUAAAACUACUUGAGAAUGGAGUGAGAUGUUUGAAAAAGUGAUGCGCUAUCAAAGCACAAAAUGUAUAUAGCUACCGUAGAUUAUGUUUGCAAAUUUGUUCAAGUC